ACUACAGACUACAGAGUGAUAAAUAUGAUCAACAGUCAACACGAUAACAUUCGAUUUUUAAUGAGCUAGUUUCAUUUUCAAUAUUUUCAUAUAUUUUCAUAAAAUACUGAAUUCUCUAGAUUGUUGAAAAUCACUCUACAGUCUGUACACUUAUUUUUUUUAAGUAAAAGGAUCAUAGCCAUAUAAAAUGUUCAAAAAAUUUGACGAUAAAGAUAGUGUGAUAGGUAUUCAACAGUUAAAAUCGUCUGUCCAAAAAGGUAUUCGAACAAAAAUUCUUGACCAAUAUCCAACACUAGAGGAGUACGUAGAUAUGAUAUUACCUAAGAAAGAUGCACUAAGAAUUGUUAAGUGCCAAGACCAUAUUGAAAUAAUUGUUAAUUCAGCUGGUGACUGUUUAUUUUUCCGGCAUAGAAAUGGCCCUUGGCUGCCUACACUGAAGCUUCUUCAUAAAUAUCCAUUCUUCCUUCCUAAAGAACAAGUAGACUUAGGUGCCAUCAAAUUUGUUAUGAGUGGUGCCAACAUUAUGUGUCCUGGUUUGACUUCCCCUGGAGCAAAAAUUGAGCCUGUUCCACAAAAUACAAUAGUAGCUGUAAUGGCAGAAGGCAAACAACAUGCUCUGGCCAUUGGAAUUACUAGUCUUUCUACGGAUGAUAUAUUAAAAGUGAAUAAAGGAGUUGGUAUUGAAAACUGUCACUAUUUGAAUGAUGGUCUUUGGCAAAUGAAAGCUGUGAAGUAAUACAAAUAAGCAUAGUAAACAUAUUGUAUCAAACUAUGUACGAAUUAUUUUGAAAUUUAAGUCGUAUGUUUAAUAAAAUAUUCUCAACAUUAA